AUGUCCGAGGUCAAGUCCAAGAAGCAGCAGGAGAUGGCUCCCGACAGCCGCAUGAAAAAGCCUGGGAAGGAGCUGUACCCCAUGAGCAACUGGAAGUAUGACGCCUUCGGCUGGGUCAUGUCCAUCAUCAUCGACCUCUUCUUCCGCGAAGUCUCGCACCGAGGCGCCUGGUACGUCCCCAAGAAGGGUCCCGUGCUCUUCAUCGCCGCGCCGCACCACAACCAGUUCGUCGACGGCAUCACCCUCCAGCGGACCUUGCGCACCGAGGCCCAGCGGCGUGUCUCCCUCCUGAUUGCCCAGAAAUCCGUCCACGGCUUCGUAGGAUGGGGCUCGCGCCAGACCGGCUCUGUUCCCGUCGGCCGGGCUCAGGACUCUGCAAAGGCCGCCAAGGGCAUGAUCUAUAUGCCAGACCCGAUCAACAACCCCAACAUCAUCCGCGGGAUCGGCACAGACUUUGAGAAGGAGGCAGAGGUUGGCGGCAUGAUCUUCCUGCCCUCCGUCAAGGGCCAAUCGGGGUCGAGUGUCGAUAUCGCAGAGAUCGUAGGCCCCGAGGAGAUCCGCACGAAGCGGGCCUUCUCGGGCAAGGUUCCGAUGCAGCAACUGACGGGGCGCGAUGACAUUGGCCCGGACGGCAAGCUCGCAAACAGGGACGUCAAAGGCUCCAAGGAAGGAUAUCAGGGCACCAAGUUCAAACUGGCCCCGCACAUCGAUCAGACCCAGGUCUACCAGGCCGUAUUCGACCGGCUCGCCUCCGGAGGUUGUGUCGGUAUCUUCCCCGAGGGUGGAAGUCACGACCGAACGGAAUUGCUCCCAUUGAAGGCGGGUGUGGCUAUCAUGGCUCUCGGAACGCUCGCACAGGAUCCUGAUUGCGGACUCACGAUUGUGCCGGUUGGCAUGAACUACUUUCACGCCCACAAAUUCCGUUCGAGAGCUGUUGUCGAGUUUGGCCAGCCCUUCGAGGUUCCGUCCGAGCUCGUCACCAAGUAUCAGAAUAAUGAGCGCAGGGAGGCUAUCGGAAGGCUCUUGGACAUGUGCACAGUGUCCCUGAACUCGGUCACUGUAUCCUCGCCCGAUUACGAUACUCUCAUGUGCAUCCAGACCGCCAGGCGGCUGUACAUGACGGGAAAGAAGCUCCCGCUUACGCAUGUUGUGGAGCUCAACAGGAAGCUGUCUAGGGGCUUCUCCAAGUUCAAGGAUGAUCCCCGUAUCAUCAACCUGCUAGACCAUAUCAAAGAGUACAACAAGCAGCUCCGCUACCUCAACAUCAAGGACCACCAAGUCGAUUCUGGGAAGAGGUCUUUGCCCACGGUCGUCGUCCUACUCUUGAUCCGGUUGGUCAAGCUGGCCGUACUGUCGAUCGGCGUGAUCCCGGGCUUAGUCCUCUUCGCGCCCGUUUUCAUCGUGACCAAGUACAUUAGCAUUCAAAAGGCCAAGACCGCGCUUGCCGGAUCAUCCGUCAAGAUCGCCGGCCGAGACGUUAUGGCGACCUGGAAGAUCAUGGUCGCCAUGGGAUUCGCCCCUAUUCUCUACAAUUUCUACUGCAUAAUCCUGGCCUACACUCGUGCUUGGGGCUACGCGCCGGAGUGGCUGCCGUCCUGGAUCAUCUUCCCCAUCGGCUGGAUUGUCUUCCCAGCCAUCACCUUCGCUGCUCUCCGCUUUGGCGAGAUUGGCAUGGAUAUCGCCAAGUCGUUGCGACCUCUCGUUUUGUGCCUGAGCCCGACGUCCAGCUACAACAUGCAGAGGCUACGCGAAAGACGUGUGGGGCUUGCCAACGAAGUCGUAACGGUUAUCAACGAUCUUGGCCCAGACAUGUACGACGACUUUGAGCGCUCGCGUCUGGUCAAGGAUCCCGCGUUCCCUGGUGGCGACACGAGCAUCUCAGACCUCGAGCCCGGGUCGCCUGGAUCUCCUCCCAUGCUGUCGCGUAAGAACACGACAGCGUCGAGUCGGGCGAUCCCCCGUAACGAGUCGUUCUCCAACAUCGGCGCCAUCCAGAUGUUUGCUACCAGGCCGCCGUCCCGAAGCCGGAGUCGCAGCAGCUCGAGCGGCGGCGGCUUUGGCUCGGCGGGCUUCCCCGUCAGCGGCUUCACCAGCCUGGACUCGAAAGAAGGUUUCGACGAAGCCACCAGCAAGAUUAGACAGGCCAUGCAGGAGAGGGGUCAGAUGAGGAGGCGGAAGAGCGGAGGACACUUUAGCGAUGCGGAGUCGGACAAGACCGAGUAA